AUGGGCUCUGGAUCCAGCGUUCAUAGCUCCAUGAAAAGGCGUCAAGAUGCAAUAGAUGCUCGAAAGAUUGCGAAAAAGGCCGCAAAGAAAAAGAAGAAAGAAGAGCUCUACAAGUACUUGCAAGAGAACACAGACUACCAGGACAAAGUUCGAUUUCUUUUCCAGGUGCCGUUGUUGAAGCGCUUGCCGCUGGAUCAACAGCCUUUGGUGGCCCGUGCCGCAAAGUCGGUAAAGUUUCCUCCGCGCACAGUCAUCAUCAAAGAAGGAGAAAUGGGAGAUGACUUCUACGUGCUGCGGCAGGGUGAGGCCAGUGUGACAGUCCACACGGUGAAGGGCGACAAGGUGGUGGGGCGCCUUGGGCCUGGAGACUACUUUGGGGAGAAAGCCCUCUUGGCCUCAGAGCCGCGCACAGCCACGAUCACCUCAGAGAGCUUUGCCGAAUGCUUAAAGAUCCAGCGGCAGCACUUCGAAGAGCUGGGGCUCAAAGAAAAGCUCACCUUCGCGGAUCGCAAAGCCGAGAGGAAGCCAAAGAUUCGAAGAAGCAAACCACCUACGCCUAAGACUCCGCAGGACAAGGCGUUUAUCAGGGAGUGCCUCCUGAACAGUGAGAACUUGAACGGUGGCAUGAGUGGGCUGACUGAGCACAAAAUCCAAGCCAUCACUGCAGCGAUGUGGCGGGAGAGGGUGGUGCCCGGCAGACGUCUCAUUCGUGAAAAUGACUUGGGUGCGGAGUACUUCUACGUCGUUGAGUCUGGCGCGUUUGAGGUGAUUGUAAGUGAAAAGCUUGCCGAUUCGAGGCCUGGAGGAAUUGUUCACAGUAGGAAGACCGUGGUGGACAUGAUGAAGCGGGGAAGCACCUUCGGGGAGCUGGCAAUCAUCUUUUUGAUUCCUCGGAGAGCUACGAUCGUGUGCAGCACAGAGGCAUCCGUGUGGGUUUUGGAUCGAAUCCAGUUCAAGUCCAUCGUGAUGCCUGUCAGUGAGGAGAAGCAGAUGGAAUACGUCAAAGUCUUUAGUGCCGUUCCUAUGCUCAUGCCGAUGCUUACGACUGAGAAGGCUCAAAUGGCCAAAGUGGUCGUUGAAGUCACCUACAACGCGGAGGAGCACAUCGUCGAGCAGGGCGCGCCUGGAAAUACCUUCUUCAUGCUGGUGGAGGGCAAGGUGGCCAUCCUCAGAGAUGACAUGGUGAAAGGCGAGUUAGAGGCCAAUGUGGCCAAGCAGACGAUUCCGUACUUCGGCGAGCGUGCGCUGUUGUACCAAGAGCCGAGAGCGGCCACAGUGAAGGUCAUAUCAGAGUCCGCUCGCUGCCUCAUGCUGGACAAGGAUGCGUUUGAUGAACAUCUGGGCUUGCUUCGCGAGGUCUUCGAGAACUCGUUGAAGACGAUAGACUGGAAAGCGGACAGGGACAAGAAGGCUCAUCAUCCAGGUGAUCCUGAUCGCGACAGGAUCUACAAGCACGAGUUGGUGACCUGCGGCCGCAUGGGAUGUGGGGGCUACUCCACUGUUGACCUGGUUCAGCAUGGGAACUCUGGCAAUACCUAUGCGUUGAAAUCGGUCAGUAAAGGCUAUAUUUGGCAAGCCCAAAUGAAGUCAGCCGUUGCCAACGAGAAAGAUGUGUUGUACAUGACGAGCUCGCCAUUCAUCAUCAAGCUCUUUGAGACAUACAACACUCCCAAGUCUUUGUGCUUUCUCCUUGAGGCAGCGCUUGGUGGUGAGCUAUUCACCAUCUACAAGAAGAGGUCCUUCUUUGGUAGUGAAGAUCAUGCCAGGUUCUAUGUUGCCGGGGUGGCCUUCGCCUUAGAACAUAUGCAUGAUCGCCGAAUCGUCUAUAGAGAUGUCAAGCCUGAGAACAUCCUGCUGGACCACAACGGCCUUGUGAAGUUGUCAGACAUGGGCUGCGCAAAGUUUGCAACAAAAUUGCACCUACACAGUCACUGGUACGCCCGAUUACUUUGCGCCUGA